CGGCACCCGAUGCAAACGCGCGACCUUGCGACCGACGACGCUCGCCCGAGCCCGAGAAGAGUCGAUUUUCGCCGCUGUGUUAAGCCCCGCGGACCCGCUGUCCCCCCCCCUCUCGCCCGACUCCCGGAAUUCCACUUUUCAAAUUUUCUUUGCGAGACGAUCUUCGCACCUCAUUUUUUUCUCCUCCCACCUCCCGAGUUCUUUUACCGAGUUACCGAGUUUCGUUUAUCGCGAUGAAGCAGUACUCGACGCGCAUACAUUUUAACGAGCGUGCUUGUGCGCGCGCGAGUGUUUACGUGAAUAGACGUGUAAGUGGAUCGCUCACAGACGUGUGUACGCGCGUCCGCUCACGCAUAUGAAAAACUUGCCGUAUCUCUGUCACGAUCAUCGUGCGUUAAUCUCGAUGAGAUAUCACAGUGUUGCGAUAACAUAGGGGAAGUCAAGACACGAAGGAAGAAGAACAUACGCGAGGGCUUGAGUGAAGCGAAGACUCGUUAGAAGUAUCGCGCGGCGAAACCAGGCAGGCACGGGUAUUCCCGGACCGCGUGCGAUUUCGCUCUAACGUCGUUACAUUGUUGGAUGUUCGCGAGGAGAAUAAUCCGCUAGCUUGUCCGCCUCCGCUUUGCGUCAUCGCUCGUAAACACCGAGUUGUCGCUCGUUCUGCGAAAUGCAACUUUCGGCGAACCGACGAACCAGUCUCGAUCGUUACCGACAGCGAUUGUUUCACGAACUCGUUUUCUUCCUUUCCUCCUCUCCUCGUGGACGGCAAAUCGACACGCGAGCGUGCCGAUGUACUACCUCUGCCCAUUAUAUUACUAACUCGCGCAUGCUAAGAUAAUUUAUCUGAUAAUUGCUGCGCGAUUCGAAGAAACGGUACAUUUCCCCCCGGAGAUGGACCGCCGAGAUAAUGCAGAUAAGGUGAUAUCCGGGUAUUUUUUUCGUCAGUAUCGGCGCGUAAAUCGCCAAGGGCUCCUGGGCGCGCGCUCUCUUUUUUCAGAUGUCCAUGAGUCAUCGAGCAAAAACGUGAACCGCGAACUUUCUCGAUUCUGCGCCUUGCAGCCUCUUUAGCUAUGUUGCUUUUCUUCUUCGUUCCCUUCUCCUUUCUCUCCUUAUUAAUCCUUCCCGCACAACGGAGGAAUUGCGCCUCGACGAGCUUGACCGGACGGUUUUAACAGAUUACCAGGUUUUCACAGGGAGAUUUCAAAUACUCGAGUCUUCUUCGGGCGGCAACAACACGCGUCUAAAACAAAACCGAAAAGAUGACAACUUGGCAAAGCACACCUGGUGCGGGGUUCUAUCCGGGGCAACAAGGUUACCCUCCGCAGAACCCCGGCUAUCCGCCACAGAAUCCCGGAUACCCGCCGCAGAAUCCCGGAUACCCGCAACAGGAGAGCUACAACCCAGGAUACCCACCGCCUUACUCCGGAGGAGUGCCGCCAGGUCCGGGAUUCAUACCACCGCCGGGUGUUCCACCCUACGGUCAAGGACCGCCACCAGUUGGUCCGGAAUUCGGAGCACCGACAGGUCAAUCAGGAAUGUACGGGUCCGGUUACGCGGAAGAUCCUCUGCAAGAUGAGGUCAAAGGGUUCGAGUUCAACGACAAGAGCAUCAGGAAUGGCUUCAUCAGAAAAGUGUACAGCAUCCUGAUGUGCCAGCUGCUCAUUACGCUCGGUAUGAUCACGCUGUUCGUCUACCAUACACCAACGCAAAGAUGGGUACAUAGCCAUAGAGAACUGUUCUGGGUCUGCUUCGUUGUGACCAUCGUCCUGAUCAUAUGUAUGGCUUGCUGUACCAAUGUGAGACGCAAGGCUCCGAUGAACUUUAUAUUCUUGUUCCUGUUCACGGUGGCAGAGGCCUUCUUACUAGCCACGGCAGCCUCGAGCUACGAACCCGACGCGGUCAUGCUGGCGGUCGGGAUCACUGCGGCAAUUUGUCUGGGCUUGACAAUAUUCGCGUUUCAGACGAAGAUCGAUUUCACCGGACUGUCCACCGUUCUGUUUGUCGCUGUGCUCGUCUUGCUUAUCUUCGGCAUAAUCGCCAUGAUCUGGCACGGGAAGAUCAUGACACUGGUUUACGCGUCGCUCGGUGCGCUAAUAUUCUCCCUGUACUUGAUCUACGACACGCAAAUGAUGAUAGGCGGCAAGCACAAGUACUCCAUCUCUCCGGAGGAAUAUAUCUUCGCCGCGUUGAGCCUGUAUCUAGAUGUUAUCAACAUCUUCAUCUACAUUCUAACUAUUAUCGGCGCUUCGCGAGACUAAUCGCUGUCAGUUCCAAAUCAUCAUUUUUGACUCAUUGUGUUAUAACCGAGAUACACACACACAGUCAGCUUUUAUCCAUCGCCGUCCUACUCUCGUGGCUCUCUGCAGCCAACGUCGUCACCGUCGCGAGAGCGCAUUGUAGGCGAGCGAACGAUAAAGUGUAAAGAGGCAGUAUUGGCGAGACUUUCAUUUCUACGAAGUGAUAGCUUUUACAAAUUUUCAAAGAUUAAUGUACACGAGCACGCUUAAAUUCAAAGCCUUUUGUCUAGUCCCGUAAGAUAAAACAAAGCAUCUCCUGUUGUCUCGGGGAGGGACCUGAUACCAAUUCUAACAAUUGCUAGUAACGUAUAAUAUGUUUCAUAGUUGUUAUUGUUACGAUCGACAAUCGUUUGGACUUCAUUUUGGUUAAUAUAAUAUACGUAUAUCGUCAGAGUUUCUUACAAGAAUGACCGUCGAGAAUUAGACGCGUCCCCUUAUUUUCUUUGAAAAACACUUAUCCCUUUUUUUAGAUUUCAGUGUGAUCGAUAAGUGUAUACGUCUAAUUGAAACUAUUAAUAUAUAAUAUAAUAUAAUUAAUAUUACAAAUGUAUAUUACAUGUCUAGUAUAAUAUAAGUCCGACAUUAGUUAUAGUAUAUUAUAUCGGCUGUAAAACUCCAGCAUCCCAAAGGACAAUUUUACAUCGGUUAUCAAUAUAUAUAUAUAUAUACAUAUACACGUAUACCUAGAAAGUUGAGAUUGUGUUUAUUCUUUGUUCAUGUUUGAAUAAUAAAACAUACAAUUAUUCUCCAGUA